AUGAAAUCUGAAUUGGAUUUCUGUAUCCUUCCUAAACAAUGCAAGCAGCGUAUAAAACAACUAUUUGAACUGACCUUAAAUAUCACCUUUCAUUGGAAUUGGUUCCAAGCUAUUAUGGAUCAAUUUCUACCAAAUGUUGUACAUCGCAAUUUUUUCACCAAUCUUUUGAUGGAAAAUUUAGAUGAAUGUCGCGACUUGGAUUUCAAUUGUCGCGAUUGGGUAGCUGCAUCACCACGAGCUUGUCAAUCAACUGACUACAUUAUGAGGAGUUGCAAAAGAUCUUGCGGAUUCUGCGGUCCUCCGGAUAAAAAAUACGACUUACGCCGGUUAGCUCCACAACUCCAACCUCUCGCCUUUCUUGUUGGUAAAUGGCGAUCUGAGCACGGAGGCAAAGCGAUUUUCCCUACUAUUCCAAAGUUUACAUAUGGUGAAGAAGUCGACAUCAGUAUCCCAGAUGAUGCUCUUCAAGCGCAGCACGCGUUAAAUUACACGUGA